AUUGCUGCCAAAGGGGAAAAAAGAUGAGGAGGGGCUAAAUUAGGAGUAAAAAAUUAAAAAUAGUCUAGUCUUCCUGCUAGAUUGUAAGCUCCGCCUGACUAUAAUGACUUUCGCCCAUGGCUCUGCCCUUGCACCUGGAAAAAUGUCCCACAUAUAGUAGGACAUAAAUGCUUGUUGAGUAGACUGGAACGUGAACAAAUGAAGGGAUAAAGCAGGAAGCAGGACGCAAGCUAAUGCAUCAGAGAAUCUGUGGGAAUGGAGCUUACGAAAAGCGAAAUGCCAGGGGUAGGUCAGGUGUGUUUGGAACUUUAACUUUCAGGAGCUCAUGGCUGAAUUUAGCAAGGAGGUUUGGGUGACACAGUGAAAGCAAAGCCAGAGCCUGGUUGGUAGGUGGAAGAAUAAAUCUUGUGUAAACGGGGUGAGUGCUGCAUGGGGCUGUGACUGGAAGAAAAAGCAGAGCUGGCAUUGGAGCUGGGAGCAGGGGCAUCAUGAAGGAACCUGGCUCUCCCUUGCCCUUUCCCUCCACUCAGGGAGGCACAGUUUUUUUACUACUUUGUCCAGCUUCCCUGGUCUGUCACAGGGGACUGUUCUGUAAAUAUUGCUUCCUGCCAAGUGAAAAGAAACACAUUUUGAAGUCCUGAUUUUUGAAAUUUUAUUGAACAAUUUUUCAGCUUUAGAGGAAUGAAAACAUUCAAUGUUCUGAAUAUUAAGCUGCCUUCUUGACAUUUGUUUAUGAAGAUGGUUGCUACAAUUUGGGUGGGGCAUGCACACUUUACCCUUACCGAGGGAGUUUGUUUUGAAGUUCUCUCUUCUUUCAGCUACUCUUCUAAAUCUGGACUUUGGAAUUUAAUCUUAAAACACAUAUUUCUUGAAUCACAGAUUUCGGUGUGGCUGGGUGCUAAGCCUGGCAUGUGACCUGCUAUUGUAAAACAGGUUUUCUGUGUGAGAGAGUACACAUGGGGUGCUUCCCCCCACCCCCGGGUUUUUCACAUGUGAAAAUAAGGGUUUGUGCUUAAUUCUUUCCUUAGAGAUUAAUGAUGGAGUAUCUCAUUACCUACACAGCAAUGCAUCCUGGUUAUUUUAAAAAAAUUUUAUAUUGGAGUAUAGUUGAUUUAUAGUGCUGUGUAUACUCAUACAUAUAUAUACUGUUUUUGCAUCCUGGUUAUUGAUAUGAGGUCAAUAGACGGGUCUUUAUUGUCACUCUAGAGGAAUUAAUCACUUACCGGUAAAAGGAGAAAGCGUUCAGUCAAUUUGGAGGCUGUUUAAUCAUCAGCCUGGGGGUUGGCAAAUACCUCUUUGAAUUUCUGAGAAUAUCUCUUCCACUGCCUGCCAAGGCCUUGUCACCAAAUUUAUCACUUCAGUUCACUUGUUUUUUUCCCUCCCAUGUCACUACCACAUCUACACCCAGCUCUGUACUGCAUUCAGGAACUGACCCAACCAUUUCUGAAGUUGCUGCUAAUGUUAUACGAAAAGAAUCGUCACUGGUUCCCUUGAAGAGCAUAGUCUAUCUUCCUGGCAACCUGGCGAAUGACUGACAAACACGACUUUCCAAGGAAUACAGAGUCACUCCUCUUUCUCCUCUGACCUUCUGCAGCCCCUGGACUCCCUGGUCACCAACAUCUCUGGUCCACUAGUGGCUUCUGUGUGUCCAUCCUGGUAAAAAGAACCAAGCCCAGGAGCAGUCACCAUGUUCUGCGCGAAGCUGAAGGAUCUGCAGAUCACAGGGGACUGCCCCUUCUCCCUGCUGGCCCCGGGGCAGGUCCCCAGAGAGCCCUUGGGGGAAGCCACAGGGAGUGGGCCAGCAGCUACCCCAGGGCAGCCAGGCAUCUGUCCAGGUGUCCCUGACAAGAACCCGCCCGGAAGGCUUCCCCGGAGGAAGACCAGCCGCAGCCGGGUCUAUCUUCACACUUUGGCAGAGAGUAUUUGCAAACUGAUUUUCCCAGAGUUUGAGCGUCUGAACCUUGCCCUUCAGAGAACAUUGGCAAAACACAAAAUAAAGGAAAACAGGAAAUCUUUGGAAAGAGAAGACUUUGAAAAAAUAAUUGCAGACCAAGCAAUUGCAGCAGGAGUUCCGGUGGAGAUCCUCAAAGAAUCUCUUGGUGAGGAGCUUUUUAAAAUAUGUUAUGAAGAAGAUGAAUACAUCCUAGGUGUGGUUGGAGGAACCCUGAAAGAUUUUUUAAAUAGCUUCAGCACGCUCCUGAAACAGAGCAGCCACUGUCAAGAAGCAGAAAAGAAGGGCAGGUUUGAAGAUGCGUCCAUCCUGUGCCUGGACAAAGAUCCCAAUAUCUUACAUGUUUACUACUUCUUCCCCAAGAGGAUCACUUCCCUGAUUCUCCCCGGCAUCAUUAAGGCAGCUGCUCGCAUACUGUAUGAGACGGAAGUGGAGGUUUCCCCGACGCCUUCUCGCUUGCACCAGGACUGCCGUGAGUUCGUGGACCAGCCUUGCGAGCUCUAUUCCGUCCACGUCAGGAGUGCCCGGCCGCACCCGCCCUCCGGGAAGCCCGUGUCCUCGCUGGUCAUCCCUGCCUCGCUCUUCUGCAAGACCUUCCCUUUCCACUUCAUGCUGGACAGAGAUAUGAGCAUCCUGCAGCUCGGCCACGGCAUCAGGCGGCUGAUGAGCAGGAGAGAUGUGCAAGGGAAGCCUCAUUUUGAUGAGUACUUUGAGAUCCUGACCCCCAAAAUCAGCCAGACCUUCAGCGGCAUUAUGACCAUGCUGAACAUGCAGUUCUUGGUGCGAGUGAGGAGGUGGGACAACUCCGUGAAGAAAUCUUCCAGGGUGAUGGACCUCAAAGGCCAGAUGAUCUACAUGGUGGAGUCCAGCUCCAUCCUGUUCCUGGGCUCGCCCUGCGUGGACAGACUGGAGGACUUCACGGGCCGGGGGCUGUACCUCUCUGACAUCCCCAUCCACAACGCGCUGCGGGAUGUGGUGCUGAUCGGGGAGCAGGCCAGGGCCCAGGACGGCCUGAAGAAGAGGCUGGGCAAGCUGAAGGCCACGCUGGAGCAGGCCCACCAGGCCCUGGAGGAGGAGAAGCGGAAGACGGUGGACCUGCUGUGUUCCAUCUUCCCCAGCGAGGUGGCGCAGCAGCUGUGGCAGGGCCACGCCGUGCAGGCCAAGCGCUUCGGCAACGUCACCAUGCUCUUCUCGGACAUUGUGGGGUUCACGGCCAUCUGUUCCCAGUGCUCCCCGCUGCAGGUCAUCACCAUGCUCAACGCACUCUACACCCGCUUUGACCGGCAGUGUGGAGAGCUGGAUGUCUACAAGGUGGAGACGAUUGGCGAUGCGUACUGUGUGGCCGGGGGCUUACACAAAGAGAGUGACACCCACGCUGUUCAGAUCGCGCUGAUGGCCCUCAAGAUGAUGGAGCUCUCUCAUGAAGUCGUGUCUCCCCAUGGAGAACCCAUCAAGAUGCGCAUUGGACUGCAUUCUGGGUCAGUUUUUGCUGGAGUUGUUGGAGUUAAAAUGCCUCGUUACUGCCUUUUUGGAAACAAUGUCACCCUGGCUAACAAAUUUGAAUCGUGCAGUGUCCCCCGGAAAAUCAACGUCAGCCCAACCACUUACAGAUUACUCAAAGACUGUCCUGGUUUUGUGUUUACACCUCGAUCAAGGGAAGAACUUCCACCAAACUUUCCUAGUGACAUUCCUGGGAUCUGUCAUUUUCUGGAAGCAUAUCAGCAAGGAACAACUUCAAAGCCAUGGUUCCAGAAAAAAGAUGUUGAGGAAGCCAAUGCCAAUUUUUUAGGCAAAGCAUCAGGAAUAGAUUAACCAAACUCACACCUGAUUGUUAACCUUUGGGGUCUGACUCCUUGGAACGUGAGUGGACCCUCUGAGAGCACACUGGUAUGGUGUUGAGCUGAGGACCAGUAUUAACAUUUCAGGAGCCAAGUCACCAUCUACUUUUCCUUCCACUUAACAUGACAAAAAUGUAUUCACUUCAAUAUUCAAAUUUUCAGUGAAAAACAAAGAAACCUCAAAAAGUGACUUUGAGGAGAUAUUUCUGUUAUAUAAGAAUCACUUAUUACCUGUACUCAGAACUCAGCACCUUGUACAUAAAUCAGGUAAUGUAGUGACCUGUACCACCUGGUGAGCUGUCUGCAUAUCCUGCCCUGGUUAUUAAGCUGCUUGUGGUAGUGCCGGUUGCCUUAAAAGCGCUUUUUGAAUAGAAAUGAUAGUCUUGAUACCAUAAGCUCUUUGAACCUUUCAACUGUACAUUUUGUUCCAUUUCCACAUUUAACAGUUAGCAUAUAUAAUAAGAUAGAUUUUUUUUUCCUGUUGCACUUUUUUCUUUUUCCUUUUCUUAAACAAAAUAAGCCAUUAUGGGUUAGAUGCAAUAUGAAUCUAAAGUAGUUCUCCUGUAAAUAUCAAGAUGAUUUUAUAAAAAUAUUCUCUACAGCAUAAUAUGUCAUAAAAAUAAGUAUUUCCUUUUUUGACAUUUUUAAAAGUGUAUACAUGGUAAAGGCUAUUUUAAUUCAUAAUAGCGAUUUCAUUUCUAUUAAUUCAUUUUUGUGUCAUCUUCAGGGUAAAAGAGGAUUAUGGCCUAUAUUAACAUGCAAUAAUAUCAUUAUGAUUUACUUUAACUGAAGCAACGUGGAAUAAAGGCAGCAUUCAGGGAGUGAGCCAUAAAGUCAGAAGUGAAGUAGUUACACACACAGGAGUAAUUUGAACCUAUUUCAGCAGACACCCUCCAUUGCCUGGCUGAGCCACAGAAAGUUGUUGCAUUAGGAAAGUCUAAGUUCAGAAGUCGGAAAUAAGACUUGUACUUUUUGCUGAUAGCUUAUUUUUAAGUAUUUGUGUUGAGCACUUUGGUGUGUAUAUAUGUCCUGAGAAUCAAGCUUUUGUCUUAAGUACACAUCUGUGAAUAUUUUAUUCUAGUGAAAUAACUCAAUGAUAUUUUUAAAGGGAAUGUUAAUGUUGAUGAAGAAAAUGAUGCUGUGAUUUCAUUCUGGAACUUUCAAAACAUUUUUCUGGAACAUAAACAUUUAUUUUUAGUGAUGUUAGUCUAAGAUCUCUGCUGAACUAAAUAACAUACAGAGUUUGGUUGGAGAUAAGAUCUGAUUUUUAAAUGAAUACAGCUUCAAAGCUAGAGAAAGAGGAGCAUAAAAGUGUUUAAGUCACUAUUAGCAGAGCUAUAGAUACAGCAAACACUUAUUUGUGGAUCUGAGAAGUAACUCAGCUUAAAAAUUUAAAAAUUCUCUCCGUUGGUCCCCAGGCUAGUCCAUGGUGACCUCAGGAAUACCAAUAAUUUCUGAUAGGUCUCUUAGCAUCCCUGUGUAUUAUUAUAUAUGUUACAAUAAUUAUUAUUUACUCAAUAAUGAUCCUGUGUCUUGAAGCACUGAUGUGGCUCAUUAAAUGUCAAUCCUAUUACUGGGGACUACCACAGGACUUGGGAAAAUAUAGUUAUAAUCUUACAAGCAUAUGAAGUUAAUAAAAGUAUUUAAAAGUAAAA